UGCAGCCUUCAUUCACUAUGAUGCGCGCCUAGUUGAAGGACCCUCUCCGCACCGGUCCCCCCUCUGCAUGCCCAAAACUUUCUAAUGAAAUCCCCGCACAUUUUUUGACGAAUAUUGUUACUCUUUAGCGAUCAAGGAGGCUUCCCGAUUAAUUUAUCAACAAUUUUUAUUGAGAAGAAAACUUCAGAAUAUGGAGCCCAGUGCCACAGAAGGGGGAACUGAGAAGCUUGUUAAAACUCCUCCGCCCAAGGUUAUACUCAAACAUGGCGUGGAGCUGGAGGAAGAACAGGAGGAGCUGGCUGAGCAUCAGCCCCUGGAGCAGGAGGACCUGAACUUCGAAAGGUGGAAGCGCAGGCCAGUUCCCAAGAGGACACUCCACCAGAAGAUAGCCGACCUUAAGAAGUACCUGUGGAAUGCAGAGACCAACGAAUUCAUGGGUCGCUCUGGCAAGAGCUGGAGCCUCAUCCUGCUGUUCUACGCUGCACUUUACACAUUUCUGGCAGCCAUGUUUGGCGGCUGUUUGUUUUGCCUCAUGUGGUCCAUCAGUCCCUACCAUCCUACCUUCAAUGACAGAGUGAUGCCACCAGGUCUAACAAUGGCCCCACACCUAGAGGGCCACGACAUCGCUUUUAACGCAUCUGACCGCAAAUCCUGGAAGAAGUAUGCCCGGUCUAUGGAGGAAUACCUAAGACCUUAUAAUGAUGGUGCUCAGGAUAAGAAGAAUAUCCAUUGCACGCGUGAGUCAUACUUCUUGCAGGAUGAUCUGGAGGAGAGCGCAGAGCGGAAAGCGUGUCAGUUCAAGCGGUCCUGGUUGGGGGAGUGUUCGGGGCUGAAGGACCCCCACUAUGGCUACUCUCAGGGAAGGCCAUGCGUCCUGCUUCGGAUGAACCGGAUUCUUGGGUACCUACCUGGCCAGGGUAAACCAAUAAACGUCACUUGUGGGGUUAAGAAAGGACCUCCAGAAGCUUUAGGAGAAAUUCAGUUUUUCCCUAAAAGCAUAUUUGACAUGAAGUACUACCCUUACUACGGGAAGCUCAGACAUGUGAACUACUCUGCGCCUGUGGUAGCUGUACGUUUCGCCGGAGUGCAGCAGGACGCUCACAUCCACGUUCAAUGCAAAUUGAACGGAAAGGGAAUCAUUAACGAUUCACCCACUGACCGCUACCUGGGCAGCGUGACCUUUACCCUGGAGGUCGGAGCGUAAGGCAAAGACAUUGCUGCUGUGAUGGAGGCAGGAGAACAUGUACAAGAGAAGAAAUAUUUGAAGCCUUUAUUUUUUUUUUCUUGAAUUAUUUCCCUCCCCUCUCCUUGCUCUUAAAUACCCACAUCUUCUGCUGUGAGACAAAUAAGGAACUAGAUUUAUAAAUUUUUAUUUGCAUCUGUUGUUUCUUGAACCUUAAGCAGGGAGUCGGCACCCACAGCGACAGUGCUGAGCACCGAACAGCUGCAUAGUGGGAAUUACAAUUCAGUUCCUCAUAAUUUAUGAUGAUUAGCUCAAUUAAUCCAAACUAAAUUCAACCCUGCCCAAUUAGUUAACUUCUCUGGCUAUGCAAAUCCAUUUCUGACUUAAAGCAGCCAUCUAUAGGAAUUUAGAAAAGUCAGCAUGUUUAGAUGUUUUACAUGUUUUUUUUCUUGCACAGUAUUCUAAUGGUGAUAAGGUACUAAUUUGUUUUGAAUUACACUGUUCAAUUAAGUUGUAAGAAUUCAAAGAACUAUCAUGCAAAGUGCUGAAAAGACUUGUGUUGUACUUAUACAGAAAAAAAAUGACAUAAUAAAUGCAAAUACGUGAUUACUUUAUUUUUUUUGUUGUUGAAUAGGGCAGUAUUUUAAAUUUACUAUGUGUAUGUUUCUUUUAUUUUGAAAACGUAAAACAGCAUACCAGACGGAUCAGCGAAGCAUUGAUUAUGAUGUGUAAUAAAUCUUCAAAGGUC